AUGAAAAUGAUGAGUUUUAAGAAGAAGUUGACAGCCGCGAAGAUGGGCGCAGUGAGUAUGAUGAAAAAGGCCUUGAUCUUAGAGAAAUUGUUUCAGUCAUUAAGUCAGGAGGAGUGUGAUGCCCUCCUUCAUAUGAGUGAUAGAGAAGAGAAGACAGGUGAGGAGACCAGUGAAGAGAAGAUAGAUGAGAAUGAGAUGAAAGAAAAUGAUGAAGAUGAAGAGUUAGAAUUUCAGACAGAUGAGCUUCUGAUACUAUUAACUUAUCUUUUCACAUACAAAGUGAUCAAAGGUCAAGAUAAGGAAAAGACAGUGACAUCUUAUCAUCACUUGACUAGGCUGCAUGAUGCUAUCACAGAAGAGUCAACAGAUGAAUCACAUGACAGAAGCUUGAAGAGGGAAGAUAUCAAGAUGAAUGAGAGGAGAGAGAGUCAGAAGACUGCUACAGAAGCAGCUGAUGAUGAAGAGCUUAUGUCUGAAUUUGAAAAGACUGCAGCUGAGAAGAUGAAUGUUGAUGACAUCAUUAAGAUCAGUGAUAUGAGAAAGAAGGAUGAUUCAACUAUAGUUUCAAUGAAGAGAAUGUCAAUGUCUUUCAAGCACAAGGCAUUGAGUCUGAUUGCACUGAAACUCUCAAAAUGUGUUUGA